AUGCAGAUCUUUGUGAAGACCUUGACUGGCAGGAUCGUCACUCUUGAUGUUGAAAGUUCAGAUACUAUCGGCAAUGUGAAAGCUAAGAUUCAUCACAAGGAGGAUUUUCAACCAUACCAACAGUGUCUCAUAUUUUCUGGCAAGCGGCUGGAGGACGGCCGCACCUUGGCCGACUAUGGCAUCCAAAAGGGGGUUACCCUUCAUUCUGAACCCCGCUUCCCCGGACAUAUUAAGAUUUCUGUGAGGAGCCUUAAUGGAAAAAUGAUGACCUCGCAGGUCCAUCCAUCAGAUACCAUCGGUGCUAUGAAGGCAAUGUUUUUGUUUGAACACCACCUUAUCUUCAAUGGGAAACAACUGGAGGAAACCCGUACUUUCGCUGAUUAUGAUAUCCAGGAUGGAUCUACUCUUGAUGAUUUCCGCCUCCAUGCAGGGAUGAAAAUCAACAUCAAUGUGUUAGACAACCCUCCCUAUGUUGAGAGCUCAGAUACUAUCGACAGUGUCAAGGCGAAGAUUAAUGAUGAGUACGGUAUCCCUCUAGCCCAACAGCGCCUCGAGUUUCACAGGAUAAGGAGGACGUCCGGAUUUCAUCCAUACUCUAUCUUACAGUGCAGCCGUACUUUGGCCGAUUAUAACAUCCAGAAUGGAGCCACUCUCGGCCUUAUCCUCUGCCACCGACCCAGGCCGAUGCAGAUCUUCGUCAAGAAUUUGGGAGGAAAGACUUUGACGUUUAAUGUUCAGAGCUCAGAUACCAUCCGCAGUGUCAAGGAGAAAAUUCAGCAGGUGGACGGUAUUGACCCGGCAAGCCAACGCCUCAUCUUUUCCGGGUGGCAGUUGGAGGAUAGCUUCACACUGGCAGAAUACAAUAUCCAGCAUGAAUCCACUUUUCAUCUUUGCCUCCGUCUUUAUUCAUGUGCUAAAUGUCCAGGAACCCAUCACUAGAGAGUGUAUUACUACCGUCUCUGAAGCGA